AUGAUUAAAUCACCAAUUAAAGUUAAAUUAUCAUCAACAGUCAUAGUUUUAUUAAAAUGGGGAGUUGAUAAAUUACCAAAAUCAAUUAAUAAGAAACCAUUAAAAAAUUAUGAUUAUAGAGUAAUGUUAGUUAAAAGAUCAAAUCAAAUUAAAUUCUUUCCAUCAGCACAUGUUUUUCCAGGUGGUGCAGUUGAUGAAAAUGAUAAUUCUAAAGAAUGGGAACAAGUUAUUGAAAAACCAAUACCAUCAAAUCUUUCAAUUAGAAUUAGUGCAUUAAGAGAAAUCUUUGAAGAAACUAAUUUCUUUUUGGACAAGAAUGAAAAAUUAAUAAAUGAUAAAAAUAAACCAAUAAUUGAAAAACUUCAAAGUGAUUUAAUGAAUAAAGAAACUUCAAAAACUAAUAACUUUUUAUUAAAUUUCAUUAAAGAUAGUGGUAUUAAAUUAAAACUUGACCAACUAUAUCAAUGGGCAAGAUGGAUAACACCAAUAUUAGGACCAAAACAAACUCAUAGAUUUGAUACAUAUUUUUAUGUUAUUCCAAUUUAUCAAUAUCCUGAAUCAUGUAAAAUUGAUGGUACAGAAAAUGUUGAAAUGGAUUGGCUUUCACCUGAAGAAGCAUUAGAAGAACAUAGAAUCGGUAAAAUUAGUUUACCACCACCAACUUGGUUUACAUUUCAUCAACUUUCAAAAUGUCAUACUAUCGAUCAAGUUAUUGAAUUAGCUAAAGAAAGAGACUCUUUAGAUAUUUUAUAUGAUCCAAUAAUGACAAAACCAACAAUACCUUCAAAUGCAUCAACAAAUUUACCACAAGAAAGAUAUCAAGUUUUAUCUGGUGACUAUAUUUAUGAACAAGAAAAACAAAAACAACAACAACAACAACAAUCUUCUGAUUCUUCAACAAAUCCAAAUUCAAAUUCAAAUCCAAAUCCAAAUCUAAAUCCAAGUCAUAAAAAUAGAAUUAUAACACGUAGUAGAAUUGGCGAUUUAAAUGAUCAAUUCUCUUGGAUUUAUGAAUAUCAAAAUAAUAUUCCUGGCUCGGUUGAUAGUCAAAUUGAUGGUGCCAAUACAAUUUUACCACCAAAACUUUAA